CAGUUGGCCACGACCUCGACGGUUAAGGUCGCCGGAGCUCGCUCCGUUUCUCGACGCCGCCAAGUCUCGGCGACCUCCGACAGCGGAGAAGGGGCCAAAUGGUGCAUCAGUGUCGUCAGUGGGCGCUGGCCCGUUCGCGAUAUGUACCGCACCUGGCCGCCUUCUUUUAAUUUCCAUCCCAUUUUGUCAUUUGUUUCCAUCGAACCUGGUGAUUAGCCACAUACGGACAGAACUGCAGCAGUGCAUGGAGGACGCAUGGUAGCUACAGUGCCCGGCGGGCCUCUUCACGCGGACACUAGGCCUGUAGGGGCGACGAACAAGCUCUUCUGCCAUGGACACUCUCGCGGCCUUGCUGAUGCUUCUGUACAACAAAAGGAUGCCAUGCUUCUUCCUACCCAUAGUGCCAACACGGUUAGCCACACGGAUGCCAUCGAAAGUCCAUACGGUGGUGCUUCCUCAUCUUCAGUAGUGCUCAUCUUCAGUACAGGAGGUUUGCAAGAUGAGGAAGACAACAAAGGCACCUCAUGCGGCUGAGCUGCUCGACGAGCUUGUUUUCGAGAUCCUCCUCCGGCUGCCCGUCAAGUCCCUCCUGCGGUUCAAGUCUGUGAGCAAGGUGUGGCAUGCAAUCAUCUCCGACCCCUUCUUCAUCCGCGCGCACCUCCAGCAAUCUGCCUCCAGAUGGAGGCAGGACCCUUCACUGCUUGUCACCCCUCACGCUUUGAACUACGUCAUCGAGGACGAAGCUUGGCCGACUACCUUCUCCAACAAGAUCCGCUUCUACCAGUGGCAACAGCCCUCCUCCGAGGAGGAGCCUGAAGAGUCGAAGCUCUUCAUGCAUGGUGGCGACUUCCUCGGCGAAUUCAACUCUGUGUGCUGCUUCGCGCACUGCGACGGCCUGGUGGUCGCCCCCACCAACACCAAUGUCUAUCUCUUCAACCCGGCGACCAGGGACGCCAUGACACUGCCGCACAGCGACCGCAAUAAGAUGCACCAGUACGCGGUCUGCCUUCCUGUAGGGUUCGGCUUGGACCCUUGCACCGGCAGGCACAAGGUGGUUCGGGCCUUCUACCGCUCCAGGAAUCCGCGGACUGGUAUCUACGCCAUGGGGAUGGAGGUGUUCACCGUCGGUGAUGCUCCGGCUUCCUGGAGGGAAACCGCGGCUGAUCCGCCGUACCCUGUCGCGGGUUGGUUCACCGCUGUGUUCGUCAACGGGGCUCUAUUCUGGGUCAUUGAGAAGCGUGGUCUUGAUCUGAACCCGCACAGCCUCCUCCGCUUCAGCCUGGAUGACGAGACAUUCAGCGUCACGCGCCUGCCUGACUCGCUGGACCCUGCGCUUGUCGAGUCCUACUCCUUCAUGCUGGACGAGAUGCACGGCGAGCUAUGCCUGACCGCCUUCAGCAGCAGCAAGCCGGCCGAGCAGCAGCCCCUCAAGAUCUGGACGCUGGUGGAAGAAGACGGGCGAUGGGAGCACCGCUACUCCCUCACCAUUUCGGGGCUGGUGCACCCGGUGGCUCUUCUCCCGGGCCGCGGCGUGAUGAUUGUACAGCGGUCGCAGUACAUCUGCCGCUACGAUCUGCGGACGCAUGAGCUGGACACCGUGUGCGAGCUGGAUCGCCUGAGAUACGAGAGCACGGGCACGUCGCAGGCUGCUAAGCGGAAAACCUAUUACUUUAAUGUAAUACCUUACACUCAGAGCCUGGUCCGAAUUACUGCUGCUGCUUAGUAGAGUUGAGGCCGCUGAUAAAACCUUCCCUACUUGAAACAGUAUAUCAAUCACAUUUUAUUCAUUCGUUGCUCUGGCUCUUGUUGUGGUGUUGAAGUAUGUGUUUUGGCUCUCUCAAAGAAGAUAUAUAAAAAAACGAUCUUUUUC